UUGGAGGAAGGAUUUCCAGCAGAGACAGCGCAAGAGUUCCAUCACAUCCUAUAUAUAUAUCCUGCGAUGCUUAAUAUCCUACAUGGCUCCCGUGAGAUAAGAUAUAUAUGAUAUCUAAUCAAAGGAAUCGAGAAAAGGAUAUAAAAAACGUCUAUUGAAAGAGAGUGAGAGAACACGACAAGAACAAACAAGAGUUGUAUGUGGUUCGUCAAACGUCUUACUCCAGUUAGAAAACCGCUGUAAUUUUAACUGUGAUAUUGCUAAUAACCUGUAAUCAAGAGCCUGUAGAGGUGUGUUCAGAGAGCGUGAAUGCGCUCCGGUGUUUAUGGAAAUGUGACUUAUAUGCGCAGCUCUAUGCGGUGCGUUGCUGCGCGAAAAGAGCAAAAUCCCUUCCGGUGCCUCGAGUUUCUUGGGUGUGCGGCGCAGAUGGAGAAAGUGUAGCGGAGAAAAAUCAGUAUGAUUGUGAGAAAACAGAAAGGAGAAAGUAAGAAAGAGAGAAUAGAAUACGUAGACAUUCGAAGUGAAGAAUUAAAACCAUAAUAACUGGAGUGAAAGGAAAGGAAAAAUUAUUGCUGUAUAAAUGCACACUGAUUUGAAUCCACUCAAGCUCAAGAAAAACGGCUCUAAGUGUGAUAUUGGUUUCCUUCUUAAAACCAGUUUGGGAAGCGAUCUUAUAUAAUCCAUAAGAGAACGUGAGAAAGAAAUAAAACGAAGGUAAAAGAGGAUUAAGUCCAUAAGGAAGAGAAGAAUAAUCGUCUACAUUCAGGCAACCAAAUCAAGGUUAAACAAAUACAAACAAACAAGAGACAAAAGAAAAAAAGAAGACAGACCACAACAGACGAAGAUUUUUUCCCGUCCCUUAUUUUGUCUCUCGAUUCCCCAGUUGAUCUCUAUCCAGCCUCUCUUUCCGCUGGCCCGGCAAGAUGAUGAGCUUCAAGCAGUGGCUGGCGUUGCUGGGCAUCUACACCAUCUACAUGCUCAUCGGCGCCGCCGUCUUCAUCAGCCUCGAGAAGGACAAUGAGAUGGCGGGCCGCGAGGAGCUGCUCGACCUCAAGGGGCGUGUCAUAGACUUCGUGACGGGCCUGGACAACGAGAGCCGCCCGGGCGCCGAGGUCGUCCUCGUGGACGUGGGCGGCGUCUGCGGCCACGACUUCCUGGCGGCGGAGGCCGACGUGCCGCUCACCUGGUCGCUCUGGAACUCCUUCUUCUUCACCUUCACCGUCAUCACCACCAUAGGAUUCGGCCACAUGUCCCCCGCCACGCCCUGGGGCCGCGUCUUCUGCAUCCUGUACGCGCUCGUGGGCGUGCCCCUCAACGGCAUCCUCGUGGCGGUGCUCGCGGACAUCUUCUCCAGCAAGGUGGUGAACUCGCACGUGCGCGCGCGGGCCAAGCGCUACGAGUCGCGGCUGGGCGUGGCCACGGACGCCGUGCUCUACCUGGUGCCCGGCUUCAUCGUGUUCCUGUUCGUCCCGGCGGCCGUGCUGCUGGCGGUCGAGGACGGCUGGAGCUUCAUCGACUCCUUCUACUUCGCUUUCAUCACUCUCACCACCAUUGGCUUCGGGGACUACGUGGCCGGGCGACAGGAUCUGGACCACAUGUGGAUCUGGACUUACAAGAUCUUGAUGGUGGUGUGGAUCGUGUUCGGCCUCGGAUACAUCGUCAUGGUCAUCACCUUCAUCCAGAAAGCGCUCAGUUCGAAGAAGAUUCACCGGGUUGAACAAAAAAUCGCUCGCACGCUGAAGAGACAAGCAGCCAAGAUUCACCAGAACCUCCACACGGAUCUCAAGAGGCUGCGGGAGGUGGUGACAGCUCUCUCGGUUCUUGACAACGGCGCGGUGGAGGACUGCAGCAAGGAGGACCUCAAGCACUACCCGAGCCAGCCAACCAUUCCUCAAGGCCAGGGCGACGGCGAGGACAAAGAGGACCACGCCCCUCCCCGCUCAGCAACGUCGGAGCAGCCGUCGCCCGCCACCGAGCGCGUCAACACUUUCCGGCAGGCGCUGUCCGAGGCGGCCGUCAACAAUGUGGGCAAGAAGGAUCAGCUCCGCAGCCUGUCGUCUCUGGAGGAUGUGGCUCUGUUCCUGGAGAUGGUGGAGUCGCUGCUUCACGAGCACGAGGCGGGCAUCGCGAAGGAGGCGGACGACCAGGCGCACCACAUCCUCAGCGACGAUGACUCCAACUCCGACGAUGACUCCUUCGGCACAGUGGUGAAGGACGUCCCUCGCAAGGAGGACCUCGAGGCCGGCUUCUGCAAUCAGGCUUUCGUUGGUGACAAGGGUGGGGUCGAGGACGCGAGGCAAAAAUCGCGCCGCGACGCCGACAACGCCAGCAGGAAGGGCGGGAAAGGAGAUGAGCCCAGCGUUAACCAGAGGGUGCAGCAACGGUUAAAUUCCCUCCUGCGCCAAAAGUCGCUGAAGGAAGGCGUCACUUCUUCGGGCCAGCUCCUGGGAGAGAUGGAGGGCAUCGUAUGCAAGCCCUUCUCCAAUCCGGACCUCUACGAAGCCUGCGGCGCAAGCGACUGCGACUCGGUGUCGACGUUCGACCAGCGAAGCUGCAAUUCCGUUCCGGGUCGCAUCAACAGCGGUUGCGUGAAAUCGCACCCGAACCUCAGCGACGUCUUCCCUGCGUUGCCCUCCGCCUGCGACGCCGUCGACCACCAGCCUGUCUCCCAGCACGGCGGCCAGCACCCCGAGAAGCCAGCCGGACGCCGCUGGUCCGUCGGGAGCGAGAGUCACCAGCAGGAGGCCUCGCGCGACGGCCACCACGCCCCCCACAACUUCCUCACGGGCAUCAAGCUGUCUGCGGCGAGGAGUGCCAAGGACCUGAGCUCGUCGUUGUCUCUGCUUUCCCAGUGGAUUCACGGCGGCGCCCCCAGGACCCAGGGCCUGCAGGAGGCGGAGAAGGCGAGAGAGAAAGAGAAGGACAGCGGUAGCAGUGACGAAUCGCAGGAAGCCACUACGCCUCAAUACACGCGGUUGUAAUUCUAGAUUCAGAUAUCAUUUUUUAUUUAUGAUACUUUGCGGAUCCAAAGUAGUACAAAAUCAUAAACACAAGUAAAGCAAUAUGCCUUAUGAAUCAAAUGAACAGGCGAAGAACUAAACUAUCAAACAGCAAGUACUGAGUUAGGGUGGGACAUGUUGUCAUAAUUCUUUAGUUCAUUUCCGAAGGAGUGUAAAUUUCUGGAAUAGGUCCUCAUCUGAGAAACAUCGAUUUUGUUAUCAGUGGACAAAUUAUCAACUAACCAAAUUUAGCCGUAGCGGGCGGAGUCAACUGCUAAGCACAAGGAUUGCCACCGCCUCCGCCAAGCCGUGACGGCGCAUCCGAGGCGUGUCAUUCAGACCUUUCAGGGGUCAGUCCUGCCCUUCAGAUGCAGUGAUUUCACAUUUCAUGGGCGUUGGGAGGUUUUAGGGGGAGCGGAUCCCGAAAGGACAAAUUAAUACAUAAACAAAUCCCCAGAAUAUCUCAUACCCUCCCAAACCAUAGGGCAUUCUGUUGUUGCUUAGUAGCCACCAAAAACAAAAUUGGAUGACUAAGAUAUAAAUAACUGCUGGUGUUAAUCCCAGUAGAAUGUCCGUCUGCUUUUUAAAUUGUGUAGUUUCCCCUGCAUCAAUGACCGGCCCUUGUCCAUGUAUAUUUUCAAAACACGUUUCCGUUUGCGUUCUAUACACACAACAGGCAGAUAUACUGCAGUCAGGCAUAUAUUUUUGUCAUAUUUCUGUAUACGGCAAGGGGUAUGCAUCUUAUAACCAAGAGUGAUUUUAACAUUUGAAUUCUUUAUGUUAAUUAAUUCAUGCAUAAAAACACAACAACUCUACCGCAACGGGUACAUAAUUCAAGCAUAUGCAAUAUCAAGAGCUUGUCGAAGUGAUUUAUUGGAAAAAAUAUUGAUUUCUAAUCAUAGCCAUUUCAUCUUCCAUGAGGGUCAAUAACCUCGAAAGCCUUGUGCGCCCACAAUGUGCAAACCAUGGAAGUUUCAGCAAUCAACUUCAUUUCAGGUAUCUUAAUGGCUCACAAGUACUAUCUCGCGUGUAACUUGCUAUCCCUGAAAAACAUUA